CUGUCGAACAACCCCCUACCCUAGAAGAAGACAUGGAUGCUGAGGAUGCUGAGGAUGAAGGAAGGGUUCCCGACCUGUCGGACAUCAAUAUUUCAACAGCGUCAUUGCCACCACAAGACGACCAUGAUAUCAACCAUUCCGUGGUAGACCGCACCCUUCUCGACCCCCCUACUGCUUAUAUCCCGGACAACGAGUACACAAUCGUGGAGAUUGGUUCUCAGAAAGGAAAGAAGAAGCUGGUCGAUUCAUAUGGAUUCACAUAUGUAAUUCGGAAAUCAACAACUGCCCGAGCUUACUGGCGCUGCAGCGUCAGGAACAAGACGACCACGUGUCCUGCAUCUGUUAUACAGUUCGGGGCUUCAUUUCAAGAGGGGAAACACCGCCAUUGCCAUCCACCCCAACCAGGCCAGUUGACAGCAAUCCGAGUGAGAGUGGAGGUAUUUAUCGUGUUUGUUUAAUAAUUGACAGUCACGACAGUUCGAAUUGUGGAGUUCAUUCAAGGAUGGAGACCUGUCGCUAUCGCAGCUGCUGUCAAGAUGUGCGAUGAUCCAUGGACCAGUCGUUUAGUGAAGACAUCAUGAAGACGUGUAUAUGUUGACGUGUACAAUUCAUGAAGACAUUCGGCCAAAUAAGCCUCCGGCCACAUAUGGAACAUAUGUUGACGAUGUGUUAUGGUCUUUAUUAUAAUCUU